AUGCUCGAACCCGGUACAUCACAAACGGUUACUCACAAGACGGGAAUACCAAUUGCGGCUUUGGACAUUUCCCCCCAACGGACACAUGCAGUAAUCGGCGGCAAAGAGAUCCUCAAAACCAUUCGAGUCUCACCUGAUCACUUGUCCGAGGAAUUCAAUCUCCGCAAUGCCAUCAUCAGUUAUUCCUCCACCCACCAUGUGGGAAGCGGGCUCUCCGCGCGACACAAAGACCAGCUGACAGUGAGAGACGUGAAGUGGUCACAUGGCACCUAUGACCGGAUCAUCGCCACGGCCGUCGCUAACGGCCGCAUUGUGCUCUAUGAUCUACAUCGGACCGGUCUUGAAUAUUGCCGGUUCCAGGGGCACAAUCGCCAAGUCCACCGAUUGGCCUUCAAUCCGCAUCGACCGCAUCUGCUGCUAUCCGGGAGCCAGGAUUCUUCCAUUCGAAUGUGGGACCUGCGCGUGCCCUCCAUAGAGCGGGGCGCGUCGGUCUGUGGGAGCAAGGAACAUUUCAACGGGAAUAGUGAUGCCAUUCGAGAUAUCCGGUGGUCGCCCAGUGACGCGUCCAUGUUUGCAACCGCCACGGACAGUGGUGCCAUCCAGCUGUGGGACAUUCGGAAAACUAGUGCUCCUGCAAUGAGAAUCACAGCUCAUGACAGGCCUUGCUUCUCGGUGGAUUGGCAUCCGGAUGGAAAUCAUAUCAUUAGCGGCGGUACGGACAGGCAGGUCAAGGUGUGGGACUUUUCUUCCUCGGCGGAGCGAAGACAGAAGCCGACUUUUCAAUUUCGGACUCCGCAGGCGGUGCUCAACGUACGGUGGCGCCCACCGUCCUGGGCUCGAGAGCCAGAAAGCACCGGGAACUGGCAGUCUACCCAGGUGGUGACUUCUUAUGACAAAGAAGAUCCGCGCAUCCACCUGUGGGACCUUCGGCGACCCCAUAUCCCCUUCCGUGAAUUCGAUCGAUAUGAUUCGCACGCCGCUGACCUGCUCUGGCAUUCGAAAGAUUUGCUGUGGACGGCCGGUGAUUCCGGGGCGUUCACUCAGACCGACGUUCGCUAUGCACCUCAGGUGGUUAAUCAAAGACCGACAUGUGCUGUGGCGUGGAGCCCCACCGGCGACGUGCUUGCAUUCGCCCAGAAGCGCCCUCAGCGAAGCACAUUGGGCCUCAGCACCACCGAAUUUGUAGGCCGUCAACACGAAGAAGAUAGUAAUGGCGGUGAGGUGCUUAGUCAAAGCCCAGCCGACGACCUUCUGGAUGAACCUUCUUUCGCGUCGUUCCGCCACCGACAUAGCAAGUCGAGUAGCGCUCGGCCUUCCAAAUCAUUAGGUGGUACCCCUCCCGGUACAGCAGAUUUCAACCCGGUCCUCCCGCUUGAACAGGUGCUGGCAAAAAUCAAGCCGCCAGGCCCGUAUCAACAGGGCAUGACCGGAAGCAUCCCCGGUGCCACAAUGAGCCAAGAAGUUUUCCAACACUUGGCCCGUAAUUACUCCCCACUGCUUGGAGCCUUCGACGGGGUGCUUCCGGAUACUUCUCGUGGCUUCCUGGAGUCAUUGACCCGUAAUGCGGAGUGCGCAGAAGACGCCUCGUUGAUUAAGUUGGCCCAAACAUGGCGCAUCAUCCAGUUUGCCGCUAUGCAAGAGCUCGAAGUGAAAGCCAGAGAGCGGCAAAUGACCGCCGAGAAAGGUGCCCGCAACGUCACAAAGAGACUCUCCAAGGAAGUACCAGCUGGGGAAAAGUCGCGCGCCUUAGAAGACGGAAGACAGGAUAAACUGAAAACGCGCUUUUUCAAGGGGGUUUUGGAACCCGUAGGGUCCAAGAAGCAGCUUAGAGACGUCGAGAACACCUCGAAUAUGACCACUCCUCUCGCGCAGCCUCUGCCUGAUUCUCCUGUUGGGUCCUCUGACAGCUCUGCUUCCCACAUGACAUCGUUGAAUGAUUUUUCAACCAUCCAACCGCUCCCGCCCUCCGUCUUGAGCUCCAACACCGAUACCAUGAAUUCUAACGACUGGUAUUCCGUGCCUGAUGCCGAGCGUCGCCCCAUUGCUCAACUGCAGCAGUGUCGUUCCUCUUCAGACGAAAGUCCGCAUUCUCGGGCAAUGCUCGGCUUGGAAACCCAAGUUCCCGAAAAUGACCAGAGAUCUGCACCGCGCGCGAUUGCCGGGAGAACAGACUGGCGCACUCAGAGUCAUCCGGACUAUAGGAAAGGAGCCUCGGAGGAAGAUGAAUAUGACCAAAAAAUGGAAGACAAGAGAGCGGCUAUCCGCGACUAUAAGUCGGUUCCGAAGAAGGUCCUGUCUCUCGAGUCUCCUGUAGAGACCACAAAGCCCCCACCUUUCCAUCGUCACGAAUCUACGGAGAGUUUCCCGAUGUUCUCUGCAUCCACGGGGAGCUCACACCCCUCUAAAUCAAUAGGCACGUCAUUUUCCUCUACCACGAGGCUGCAUGGUGUCUCAGAAAAUGUUGCCGAUCCUGUGGAUGAACUCGGGGCCGAAACCUCUAACAAAGGCAUGCCCAGAGCGAGGGGGGAGUCAAGGCUGGAUUCUGGCCCCGCUCAGGACGAGGAUAUCGUAGAAGAUGAGCCCUUUGACGGGGACCUUGCAGACUCCGGCCACCUCCAUCUCGAACGACCGUCCAGUCCCCCUAUUCUUUUGAAGGAGUCCAGCCCUCUCAAAACACCUAGCCAGGAACUCGAGGAGAGCACAUUUUUCUCCGUGCCAUGGACUACAUCUGCCGGGGGCGAUGAGUUCGAUGGCCCUAUCAUCCCCACCAACCCAGACGGAACAGACGUCAAGCCCUGGAGUGCCGAGGCCCUACUGAAACAAGCAAUCAGGCAUUAUCAUAGUGGCGCCCAUGUUGACGUUCAGACUGCUGCUCACUUGCUCCAGAAAUUACGCAUUCUCUUUCGGGGCCACGAAAAGAUCCUCCCAAGCGAAGAGUGCGAGUUUGUCUACCAAGCCUACAACGAGCAACUCGUCCGCCAGUCGAUGCACAUCGAAGCAGCUGAACUUCGGCUCCUUUGCGUGCCCUCCUAUCCGGCAGUUUAUGAAUAUACACAGGCCGACACUUACAUGAAUGUGUUUUGUUUUACGUGCAAACGGCCGUAUGAGAACCCCAAGAACGACAAUCGUCGGUGUUAUCGCUGCAACACCCCCCAGGAGCCCUGCACAAUUUGCAUGAGUCUUGAUCCACCACCAGAAUGGGUGGCGGAACAGACCGCGUCGCAGUCGGCCUCAAGUUCCGGAUGGGACUCCGAGGCUACUUCUCAUCUUCUAUCGUCACAGUCCUCCCUCCGGACGGAACCAAUCCCCCCGUCGGAAUUGCAGCACAUCGACGAGAAUCUUUUGGGGUCUUACAGUCCUCCUCGACCGAAGGGCUCUACCCUCUGGACCUGGUGUCAAGGCUGCGGCCACGGAGGCCACAUGGCUUGUGUCGGCACCUGGUUAAAUGAUAUCGCUGCUAGUGAGGGCGGAUGUGCCACACCGGGCUGUAUGCAUGACUGCGGCCCCGGCCCCCGUCGAGAACACAACCGGACCGUCUUAUUAGAAGAGUCUAAGAAACGCGACACCGUCAGUAAGAAAUCCGGAUUCGGGUUCGUGAAGCGAGAUGCCUGGUCCAAAGGUGAAAGUAAAGCGGUUGAAAAGGUUCGCGGCAUGCUCAGUGUUGGUACGUCCGGUGGAACGAACGCGUCGUCCACCAGUACUGCAGGACCCAGCGCCGCUUCUUCUUCGAAUCUGAUGUCCCCCAAGAAAGUGCGCCUUGUUACCCCGAGCGAGCAGGGGAAACGGCGAAGUGCUGCUUCGCGUGCGAGUACGGGGGGUAGUAGCGGUCUGGCUGGUUGA